AUGGCUUCUUUCUCUCUCCACUGUCAUCCUCUCCCUUCGUCCAAAACCCUAAUUCCCUGCACCUCCUCUUAUGGCAGCCCUAGACGCCUCUCCCUGUCCAAAUUCACCUCCCCACGUCCCCGACUUUCCUGUUCUGCUUCCAAGGAGGGUUCCUCCGGAGAUAACAUCCCCAGCACUUUUUGUAUCAUAGAAGGGCCAGAGACGGUACAGGACUUUGUUCAGAUGCAGCUGCAGGAAAUUCAGGACAACAUCAGGAGCAGGCGCAACAAGAUUUUCCUUCUCAUGGAAGAGCUAAGGAGAUUGCGGGUGCAGCACCGCAUAAAGAUGGCGAAAGAUAUCGAUGAGGCUUGCGAGGAAGAGUCAAAUGAGAUGCCGGACAUUCCAUCAACUAUCCCUUUUCUCAAUCAUGUGACACCAAAGACAUUGAAGCAGCUCUACCUCACAAGUUUAUCAAUGAUAUCUACUGUAAUUGUAUUUGGGGGCCUUAUUGCACCCACGUUGGAACUAAAAUUAGGUAUAGGAGGUACCUCAUAUGAAGACUUCAUUCGCAGCAUGCAUUUGCCUUUGCAAUUAAGUCAGGUUGAUCCCAUUGUGGCAUCUUUCUCGGGUGGGGCAGUGGGUGUUAUUUCAGCAUUGAUGUUGAUUGAAGCUAACAAUGUUGAGCAACAAGAGAAGAAAAGGUGCAAAUACUGCCACGGAACUGGGUACUUGGCCUGUGCUAGAUGUUCAGCAAGUGGUGUGUGCUUGAACAUCAAUCCUAUAUCAGAAUCUAGUGCAUCGGACCGCCCUUUGCGAGUUCCCACAACUGAGAGGUGUCAAAAUUGCUCUGGUGCUGGAAAGGUCAUGUGCCCAACAUGCCUCUGCACUGGGAUGAUGAUGGCAAGCGAGCACGACCCACGGAUAGAUCCAUUUGACUAA